AUGCACCUCCUCGCCCGUGAACACGCGCUGUCGAGCCACGACGUCUCGUCCAGAAGUAGCACUAGAAGUGACUUGCCUCCGGACCAAGCGUCGCUCACCCUCUCAAGCGCUCGUCUUCUUCCCUCCCGCACGUCCUUAAGUACCAGUCAAAGUAGUACCAGUAGUAGCAGUAGUACCAGUAGCAGUAGCCCUUUCAUGCCUCGUGCCGCGUUUCCUCAAGACGACGACGACAAGAGCGACGACAAGGACCGACGCAACGCCACGGCCCAUACCAUUGUCAAGCUACUGGCUUGCAAUAGCACUAGCAGCAACAAGUACUCUGGACACGGCACUAAUUCAGGGCAGACGCUGCCUUCCCUCCGACAAUCGGGUACCAGUAGCUCGAGCAGCUCCGGCGCUUUGCAGCAGAGCAACUUGAGACUCCCGUCGCUGCCCAAGUUGCUGAUCCCGUCGCUCCGGUGCGACCGACGGGUGCUAUUGCCAAGUACGUCGUCCUCGAGUUGCUUUGCCGCUCGCACACCAACGACUUCAGGCUGCGGGAGUCCCAAUAGUCUAUCGCCAGCUGCUCGUCCAAUGGCGGUACUCCCUCUUGCAGCUGCUACUUCAGCUACUGCUGCUACCCCACCAGCAUCCAGUGGCCCGAAACGAGGUCGCCCCGCGUCGUUGUCAAAAGUGGCGAAUAACUCGCGGAAGCGACAGAAAGACGAACUUACGCGACUGCGUGCGCAGGUCCAAGAACUCCAGCGCGAGCUCGAGCACGUGCGACUUCGGAUGCCACGACACUCAUGUGCGAUAACGUACCGGACUGCCGACCAAGGACGAGAGAGGGGGGAGCAGUCGUUGCAGUCUCCAGUUACGGGUACUUUAACUGCUACUGCGGGGACAUCCGGGGAGCUGCUGGAUACUGCUGGCAAGUCAACUUCUGCUUAUUCUCGCCUUGUGGUCGUUCCUGUCUGGGAACGCAUGGCACAGCAUCAAAAGGAGGAGAAAAGCAAAGCCGAGAUGGAAAAUCUGCGGCUGAAGGGACUGAUUCAAGAGCAGCUCAAGAUCUCCAAGGGCCUUGAGAAGCUGUUGCGGAAGCGAUGCAAGUCGUCCAUGAGCUCGGGAUCAGAUGCUGAGACGUCGGCUACCGUGCUGGGAGGCAAGCGAAUUUAUACGAGCAAGGCGGAGGAAUCGGCCGUGUUCGCGUCGUUGGCGUCUGGCUUGGAAUCUAGAUUAGCUGAAAUGGACACGGUAUUUGAGAAGGGUGGGCUGUCACGGGAGAAACAGGAACUGCAGGAAGCUCAGAUGAUCCUGGAUGAGCGCCGGGGUCCUGUGAUGGAGGUGAAGGAUGCCAAAAUUUUGCCAUUUGACGUAAAGGCCUGCGCGGCCGCAGUUUGGCAAUCGAUGAAAGCCGAGUCCGAAGCCACGGUGGUGGAUGGUGCUACGCGUGACACGCUCUGCUUUAAAAGCCGCUUGCCCCUCCGUCAGCAUCGAGCACCUGAAGUCGAGCUCAUUGUCCGAUGCGUUAUACGUCGCGCUGUCGAGAAAAUCUCUGGUCGUUUCGUUUUUGUGUGGGAAUCCGUAGCCGAGUGUCCCGAUCGCAUGCCACUCGUGAGCUGUAGUGCGAAAGGAUUGGAGAUUCGGGAUUGUGGCUGGGGCCUUUUGGAGUCCUUGCGGACGUCGACUGGUGAGCAGUCGAGUAUUUUGCAGCUCUGCUCGUAUUUGGUACCCCAGCUCUGCGGUGUAAGCGCAGAGCAGAGUCGGCAGCAUAUUUCCGCACUUGCUGAGCUGGUCGCUCCUUGUUACCGGGGUUUGUGGAGCCAGCGUCAGCGGAAUAUGGAAAACAAGCUCAUGAACGGUGCAAUUAGCGCCAAGAAGAACCACGCUGCACUCAAUAUCGUGCUGAAGCAGGAAGCGGCUUGGUGA